AUGGACUCAGAAGACAUCGAAGCGUCCAAGAUGUACAUCUCGUACAACCAUAUCCACCAACUUAUCCAGGAGUCCCAAGGUAAGCUGAAACAGUUCAACCCGGAUCUCCUGGUGUGCCUUGCUGGUGGAGGUUUGGUGCCAACGAGAUUUGUGCGUACUUUCCUCAAGGAGCCUGGUAAGCCAAACGUUCGUAUCAUGAGCGUUGUGCUGUCUCUAUAUGAAGACGUUGACAGUGUCUCGACUCAACAGGAGAGCAUGGGGAAACAGGUUGUACGCACCCAAUGGUUGGAUUACACGUCGACUGACUUCACCUUGAUUGGCAAGAAGAUCCUGAUCGUUGACGAGGUGGAUGAUACAAGAACCACAUUGCACUACGCCGUGUCAGAGUUGAAGAAGGAUUUGGCGAAGCAAUGUGAAGAAAGGGGCAUCAAAGUUGAAGAUUCUGGAACCAAGUUCGGUAUCUUUGUCCUCCACAAUAAGAACAAGCCAAAGAAGGCUGAGCUGCCACCAGAUGUUUACAACGAGGAUAACUAUAUCGCUGCAAGACAGGUUGGUGAUGUUUGGAUUGCUUAUCCAUGGGAGUCGAAUGACAUCGUCUACCAUACACGGAGAGCAGUGGAACAAGUGCAUUCUCCUGCCUACGCUCCUGCCUGUGGCCCUGCCUACGCUCCUGCCUACGCUCCUGCCUACGCUCCUGCCUGUGGCCCUUUGGCCAUCAAUCCUGUCUGCCUAGAACGACCAACCAGCUCGCCCCAGAAUCCCUUCCUAGAAGGGAAAAAAAUUAACACCGACAGUAGACAGAAACGUCCCGCCAAAUGUCGGGCUGGAAAGAGUUUUAGUCUUCAACGAGGAAGAAGAAAGAUAUCAGCGCUCAGUAGCAUGUCAAAGAGUGGUGAUGAGAGCUUGGGACCGGUGGUGUCAUCGUCCAUCAACGAACCUGAAAAGGUAGACGGUUUAGAUGAGAAAGUUGUCAUGGUAGAUGAGCCUUUAAGCACAGACAACGUUAAUACUUCAGCGGUAAUCGACGUUCCAGAUGGUGGAUAUGGGUGGUUUGUUGUUAUGGGCGUAUUCUUCUUCAAUUUUGCCACAUGGGCUGCCAACUCAGGCUACUCCAUCUACUUGGCAAACUAUUUGAGCAAUAACAAGUUCAAAGGCGCUUCGAAAUUGGACUACGCAGCAGUUGGUGGACUGGCAUUCGGAUCAGGCAUGAUUCUAGGGCCCUUGGUUAGGAUCGUGUUGAAACACACCAGUGUGAAGUUCACAAUAACAAUAGGUGCCUGUCUUCAAUUCUUGGGAACCAUUCUUGCUGCUUUCUCAACACAGCUUUGGCAGAUAUACCUCACACAAGGUGUACUAAUUGGUAUUGGAAUGGGGAUGAUUUGUAUCCCAGCAACCACAUUGAUUGCACAAUGGUUCAGGCAUAGAAGAUCUCUGGCCCAGGCCAUUGCUAGUGCUGCUUCUGGUGUCGGAGGUGUUGUCUUCAACUUGUCCGUCCAGGCGAUGAUAAAGAAUCUAAGCUUGAGAUGGGCACUGAUUAUACAAUCGAUAAUGUGUGCCGUGUGCAAUACCAUUGGAAUAAUACUAGUGAAACCAAGAACCAAACACAUCAAUACAUCCAUGAAGAUUUGGGAUAAUCACAUGCUCACUUUCACCACUUAUUGGCUAUUCCUCCUCUACAUUGCAACUACGCAACUAGGCUACGUUGUGCUGUUGUAUAACAUGGCAGAUUUCACCAUUUCAUUGGGAUAUUCAGCCCGUCAAGGGUCAAUUGUCGCCUGUAUGAUAUCAGCUGGUGCAGUAUUUGGUAGACCUUUGGUUGGAAGGCUUUCUGAUAAGUUUGGGCCGGUUACAACAAGUAUAUUUGCACAUUCAAUUGUAGGGAUCCUGUGUCUUGCAAUGUGGAUCCCUGCCAGAAACUAUGCGACAGCAAUUGCAUUUGCCUUUCUAGAAGGUUCACUAAUGGGGUCAAUAUGGGUUGUCAUUGCCUCAAUUGCUGUCCGUGUUGUCGGGUUAAGGAAACUGGACGUGGCAAUGUCAAUGGCGUGGUUAGUGAUUGGAUCAUUUGGAUUGGUAUCUCCAAUAAUAGGUAUUGAGCUUCGUGGUACAACGCCGGAUGGCUCGCUCUACCAUCCGACACAGUACAGAGACCCGGCAAUAUACUGUGGUGUGUGCUUUUUAGCAAGUGCUUUUGUAUUGUGGGUUCUACGUGGUUAUCUAAUAGCGAGGGAUCAUAAGGCAAAGGAAAUUGGAUCGCAUGUCGAUAACGAGGAGCUAACACUACCAGUGAGCUUGCAAACCGCAUUGAAAGGCAUGGUUUCAGUCUCAGAGGAAAGACACGUGUAA